GAGUACUACAGAUGUAAGAAAGAUGUUACCACCAUUCUAGGUUCAAAUUUUUUCAACAAAUCCAUGUUAUGCAAUAUGUGAUCUAAAGGGCUGUCAGUGUACAUGGGUCUGAAGUUUCCUUUGCUUGUUACCAGACUUGGCCUGUAUGAAAUAUGUAGUUUAUGAUAUGGGUUGCCACAUGUAAUGAUUUUGUGAGGGAUUAAGGUAUGUGAAAUUGUUAUUUUUGGAAUCGGUGAUCCUUACAAUAAAAUUGUUCAAUUGAGAUCAAUGAAAUUGUGAUAAAAUAAACUGCAUAAUUUAACAACUGACUUUGUUGGUCAUGUAAAUAUUCUAUAAGAUUAAUAUGAAUGAUACGUAGGUCUUUAAUAUAUGCAUAUGGACAAGUCAUAAAGACAAGCAAUAAUGCAUGCAAUCAUUGUAGAUAGAAGAUAAACGAUGAAGUUGUAAAGUGUAGUUUCAUGUUUAAAGGCAAAAAUUGUUGUGCACAAGUCAUAUAAGUUUCAUAUGUCCUCAUUAAAAUUGCCUAUAAAAUUUAUGUAGAAGAGAAAUGAAUGAGUACUUGUUUUAGAAGCUGGCAGUGAUGUUCUGAGUUUUGCUUUAAUCUGCAAGCAUGUAGAAGAUUUGGGAGUUCAAUACGAGUCAGGUGAGAUCAUGCACAGUCCCCCAAGACUGAGGGAGUAUUGUUAGGUUGUUAGGGAUUCCCACUAUAUUAUAACAUGGGUGCAAUUUUUUUUACUGUUCCAGAACCCUCUAGUUAUUGAACCAAUGGUUCAUGUAGGUCCUGUGCUGCCUUUUUAGAAAUUUAAAACCAAUGUCAAGAAAUCAUAGAUUUACCUGGAGAAUAAAAGCAAGAUCCUUUACAAAAACAUAACACCUGCAGACAACUUCUACAGUGAACACAUUCUUUUAAGGGAAUAAUGAAACUGUUGUACAUAAAGUGACAGCAGAUUGACAAAGAUCCAAUGUGGUUUCAGUUGGGUCUUCCUGCAAGUUGCAUGGUCAUUAAGUAACUGCCACUAGAUGGUCAUUACCAAAUGCUGUACCCAGUAUUGACACACCUUAUAUCCUUGUCUUUGACCAGUUAAGGUGACCCUAGACAUUAAGGAUGGCAGAAUCAGAACCAAGCAAGAGUAGUAUUGAGGCAGACAUUGAGCUGCAUGCUGUGGGGGAUCUGGUAGGCAGUUCAUCAAGAUCAGAUGUCUUGGAUGCCACAAUGGAGAAACUGUUUGAGCCCAAGAGGAGUUUCCCUUUUGUUUUAGACUAUAACGACUCGGAGCCGGUGAAACAAAAGCCAUUCAAUGACUACAGAGAGAAGAGUCAGAACUUUGAUGAGAAUGACUACAAUAGUCACCGCAGUUCUUCAUUUCCACACAUACAUCAGACAUUGAAAGGACUGUACAGCAGCAAGUCUGCUCACUCUCUUCGAUUGCCGAAGAAGAAAGUGAGAAAGAAGAAAAAUCCAUCUGGACGUAGUCGCAGUUUCUCUGGCAGGAAGUCCCUGACAUUUACACCCAGUCUGAAGGGAGUGGAGGAGUUGAAUAAUGAAGCUGAUUAUGAGGAAGAAACUAAACGUGACCAUGUUUUUGAAGAGGAUAGCGACGAUUUAGCUGAUGUGAAAGAUAAAGAUGAGGAUAACGAAGAUGAAGAGAAAAAAAUAAAACAUGACACAGUAGAUGGUGCCAGUACAAGUGACAACGUAGCAAAAAAGAAAGAUCUGCUGCCGGAAGCAAAAAAGGCUGCCUUUUACAUCGGUGAAGAAGAACAAGAGGAUACUGUUGAUACAUCACGUCAGCCUUUGUUACCCAGAUCAGAUUCCAAGGUUUCCAAACAAUCGAAAGACUCUGUGGCUGCCCAACAGUUUAGUCUGGCAACAUCUGAUGUACCUGAACGUUCGACCAUGUUUGAAGACGUGGCUGAUGAGCCCCAAGUGUCCCAGCAUGCCGCCAGACCCAUGAUCUCAGUGCCCAGUGCGGAAAAGACCAAAUCAGGACCUCCAGCUGUUACUUUUAAUAUUGGUGGCCAUAGUGAUGAAGAUUUAGAUAAAGCAGAAAAACAUAGUCAACCACCUCCAAGUCACUCUGAAGUCAGCAAGCCAACCUCUUCCAAAGGCCAUAAGCGUCACCGCAGACAUCACCAUCAUGGAGAGGAGGACUUGAAACUGAGGCGUCAGAAAGGCAGCGAGGUCCAAAUGGACACCAUGCUGAAGAGAGUUCCCACUGAACCAGAAGAGGCACUUUAUCUGCAGGAUGCUGAUCUGGAUGAUAUGUCUAGUCACAGGUUUGAAAAUGUCCGUGGAAUACGGCGCCACAAGAUCACACCAAGAGUGGCUCUGGCCUCCAUUGUAGAGAUUGGAAAGAACAAGAUCUCCAAGAAAUACGAUCACAGUCCACACGAGAUAUUUGUUGAGUUGGAUGAGCUUCACCUUGGUGGUAAGAAUGAGAUUGAAUGGAGAGAGAAAGCCAGGUGGAUUAAGUUUGAGGAAGAUGUAGAGGAAGGAGCAGAAAGAUGGGGGAAACCUCACGUGGCAUCUCUGUCUUUUCACAGUUUGCUGGAGCUAAGGAAAGGACUGGAAUCUGGCUCCAUAAUUCUGGACUUGGAGGCAGUUACCCUGGCAGAUAUAGCAAACAAAGUAGUGGACAUCAUGAUCAUAGGAGACCAGAUCAAAGAGGAGGACAGGGGCAAUGUCCUCAGAACACUGAUGCACAAGCACAAGCAUGUGAACGAAACAAAAGCUUUAAUUCGCAGGAAUUUUUCCUACCAAAAUUUGAUAGGCUUGGACAGUUCAAGAGGAAGUAAACCCUCCCUGCUAAAGAACUUUUCACUUGCAAGCAUGGGCUCUCACCACAGUGGUGAAAAUAACACAGCUUGUGAUGGGGAGGUCAAAGUGGAUGUAGAAGGUGACUCAAAAAAUAAGAUGACACAGCUCCCUAUUGAGGAGGAGGUAGGGUUCAUUAACAUGGACGAUGUUGCAUCCCAAAGAAGCAACAGCAGCCAGGUUAAGGAACACAUGAAAACAGAACUUGACAUCAUGAAGAAGAUACCCAAGGAUGCUGAGGCCACAGUUGUCCUGGUUGGAGAAGUAGAUUUCCUCGAUUCACCAGCCAUAGCGUUUGUCCGGCUGGCCGAGGGGCAGAUGCUGAGUGGUCUGACUGAGGUGCCAUUGCCAGUGAGGUUCUUGUUCAUUUUGCUGGGUCCACACAUUACCCCUGAUACCAGUGCAGAUUACUAUGAAAUUGGACGAUCCAUGUCUACACUGAUGUCAAAUGUGAGAUUCCAUGAAGUGGCCUAUAGAGCUGAUGACAAGAGGGAGUUGCUCAGUGCCAUCAAUGAGUUUCUGGAUGAAUCUAUUGUGCUGCCCCCUGGGGACUGGGAGAGAGAAACACUGCUGCCAAUCAUGAAUAUGGCCAGAAAGAGGAACCGACGCAGGCGGAAACAAAAAGAAAGGGAGAGGAAAGAAAGAGAAGAUAAAGAACAGAUUGAGAAGCAGAAGCCUCCUAUGGAUCCCCUGCGUAGGACCAAGCGGUGUUUUGGAGGGAUGAUUUCUGAGAUAAAGCAACGUUAUCCUCUCUAUUUGUCUGACUUGAAAGAUGCCCUGAACACACUGUGCCUGGCAGCCUUCUUUUUCAUCUACUUCGCUGCUCUUUCUCCUGCCAUUACAUUUGGAGGUUUGUUAGGAGAGAAGACACAGCAGUACAUAGGUGUCAGUGAGACCAUGAUAGGCUCAGCCAUGUGUGGUGCCCUCUUCUGUCUGUUUGCUGGGCAACCCAUACUUAUUAUAGGUGCUACAGGUCCUAUUGCUGUAUUUGAGGAGAGUUUCUUCAGUUUUUGCCAAGCCAAUGGUAUGGAAUACCUGACCAUGCGUGUUUGGAUUGGCAUGUGGUUUGCUGUGAUAGCCAUCAUUCUGGUGGCCCUUGAUGGCAGCUUUUUGAUUCGCUAUGUUACACGAUUCACCCAAGAAAUCUUUGCAUCACUCAUUUCCCUCAUUUUCAUCUAUGAAGUUUUCAACAAGCUGGUUUCAGUAUUCAUGCGUCAUCCAUUUCUGCCCAAGUACCCAGAUCACUAUGAUCUUCCAGACAAAAAUGUCUCAGCACAUCUUUUACACAAUGCCAAUGGCACUGCCGCUGAGGGAACAAUCCCAUUUCUUCUGCAAAAUAAUGGAGAAAUAAAUACCAGUUAUGUGGAGGUCAGUGGAGGAAAAGAGAUGAUAGUUCCUCUACCUGGGCAAGAGCCAGCCAACCAGCCCAACACUGCCUUGAUGUCCUUCAUACUCAUGUUUGGGACCUUCUGUAUCGCAUUCUUUCUCAAGGGAUUUAGGAACAGCAAAUUCUUAGGCAGGGGAGUACGCCGUGCAAUAGGAGAUUUUGGAGUGCCAAUUGCUAUCUUUACUAUGGUGCUGAUAGAUUUUCUCAUUGAGGAUGUGUACACAACGAAAUUAAAUGUUCCCGAUGGCCUUUCACCAACCAACUCAACAAAGAGGGGAUGGUUUGUCAAUCCUAUGGGGCAUCACAAGUUCAUCCAGGUGUGGCAGAUCUUUGCUGCACUUAUCCCAGCAUUGCUGGUCUUCAUUCUUGUCUUCAUGGAGUCUCAGAUCACAGGAAUGAUUGUGAACAAGAAGGAAAGAAAGCUGAAGAAGGGGACAGGUUACCAUUUAGACAUGCUGAUCAUUGGAGUGUUGAACUGUGGAUGCUCCUUCCUGGGCCUUCCAUUUGUCUGUGCUGCCACCGUGCGCUCUGUUGCACAUGUGUCAUCGUUAACUGUUAUGAGUCGCACACAUGCCCCUGGUGAGAGGCCACAGAUAGAGGAAGUAAAAGAGCAAAGAAUGACGGGAUUUUUUGUCAAUGUUAUGGUUGGUGUCUCAGCAGCCAUGGGCCCUAUCUUGCGUCUGAUCCCCCUCUCUGUGCUGUUUGGUGUGUUCUUGUAUAUGGGUGUUGCCUCACUCAGUGGUAUACAGAUGGUGGAGAGGAUACAGCUGCUAUUUAUGCCUGUGAAACACCACCCAGACGUCAGCUUUGUCAGAAAAGUAAGAACAUGGAAAAUGCAUAUCUUCACUGUCAUCCAAAUCCUUUGUCUGGCAGUGUUGUGGGUUGUCAAGUCCACCCCCGCAGCUUUAGGAGUGCCUUUUGUGCUCAUACUUAUGGUGCCACUGCGCAUUUUUGUGCUCAAGUAUAUUUUCUCUGAGCAAGAGCUCCAUGAGCUUGACAGAGACGAGGGAAGUGUCAUUCCAGUCGAGGAGGGAGACAGCGACACAGAACCAGAAGAAGAACCAGACUUUUACACUCAAGCUCACAUGCCAUUGUAAAAAGAGAAAAAAAAAGUUCGAUGUUUGUACGAAGAAUAACCAAAAAAAAAAUUAAUGAAUUAUUCAAGAGUGCGGUUGAGUUAAUAGGCAAACCUGACUUAAAGCUUUUUUUCUCUCUUUUUAGAGGUGUGCCCUGCAGCUAGAUCAAAGUGUAUAUUUAACAUAAUUUUGUAAAGCUUCAGCUGUGCCUUGUUUCUGAGAAAUGGCUGUUCACCUUGAAUAAAACUUAAGAUAUAAUAUCAAAUAAAUAAUCUAAAUACUUAAGUUACAGGUGCACAAAUUGAGUUGGUGAAAAUUAAUACAAUUUGCUUAGAAGUAGUUAAUUUAGUUUGUAUAAAGUUAUGCUGAUAUACAUGUAUCUUUAGAACAAUCAAAAACAUUUGUCUUUUUGAAUGCAUAAAUUUUUAUGAAAAUUAAUUUUGUGGCCAUCAAGUUUUUUGUCAUAUUACUGGGCAUUAAUUUUGCUGUAAAAGACCACACUUAAUGCAAAAAUUAAGUUUUUCAGGGAUGACCAUUGCCACAUUGGGAGCCAAAAAUGUCAUUGACCUAGGCGCCCCCUGGUCCCCACACCAUAUUUUCCAACUUUUUCAUUAAUGGCAGUCUUAUCCCUGGUUUUUGGUGCUAUAGGCCAUACAUGCAAUUAUCUCAUUCUUUUUUGAUAAACUAAAUAUCAAAUCAAAGCAGUGCAAUUAAAAGUCAGCAGUCAUAUUUUGCCAUUCUUGAAGAGUUUACAAAUGACCAUAACAUUUUGUUUGGUUAAAGUUUAUAUUUUGUUUUUCACUACCUGUAUUUGAUUAUUUUUGUCUUACUUUAUACAUUCAUUAACCUAAUUCAUUUAAUGAAACAUACUAGAUUAUUGUUAGAUUAUGUCUCAUAGUUUUAAAGAUUCUGAAAAAUGGAAAGUGCCAUGUUUUUAACUUAAGCUGCAGAAUGUGACUUAAAGUUAAUGCCAAAGUGUAAAUUAUUGAUUUUGACUAGACAAAAAAUAGCUUUUUUUAUAUUUUGCUAGUCAGUGUUGGCAGAACCAAAUGUAAAAUAAAUAUACCAGUAGAUAGAUAUCAAAGGGAAAGGGUGGAAAGUAGGAUUGCAAAUAUAUAUGUAUACUCUCCCUGUGUAAAGUGCCUUGAUAGAAAUUGGCUGUUAGAACGUUUCUCUUUAACUUGUUGAAGAAGAUUAUUUUCAUUUAUUUGAAAGUUAAGUGAAAACUGUAUUCAGAUUGUUCAGUGUUGAACACUUCUUCUGUAUCCCUGCAUUUACCUGUUUAUUUCUGUCAUGUUUAUUCCAAAUAUUCAUAUAAUUUUGGUCAAUUAUAGCUAUUUAAAAGUUGCCUUAUUUUUACAAGGGGUGGCAUUUUUUAUUAUCAGAUUUUUUUUUAGAAAUGACAGUUUCAGUACAACCAAAUAUUCUGUGUCACUACAAUUGUCAUUUUAUUUUGAAAAGUAAUGUUUGUAUAUGUACUUGUUUACUCCUAAUUUUCUGGUCUAAUUUUUCAAAAGAAAGAUAAAAGCCGAAAAUUAAAAGAAUUAGUAAAUAUCUACUCAGCUGUGUUGAUAUCUGAAUGAAAUAGUUCCAAAUGAAUACAAUUAUUUAGUCAGGACUCCUUAGUUAACUUUUGUUAGUCUUGAAAUUAUGGACUCUUGGUCCAGAUGUAAUACACUCUAUCAUGAUGUUUUAAAAAGCGCACAUCUAUGUUUGUGAAUAGUUAAAGUUCUGGUGGUCUGUUAUUUUAGAUUAUCAGUUACUUAAUUUUGAAUCAUUUUGUAGAAGUUCCCUUUUGUUGAGCCCAUUAUAUACACAGUAGGGCAGUAAAAUGCAGUUUCAGAAAAAUGAGAAGGGGCCAUAUACAAUUAAAUAGUGCUUAGCUUUGGCUGAAAUAUAUAGUUUAUUUUCAUAUUAUGUUAUAAAAUAUUUUUCUGUACCUAAGUUUACUGUUUUAUAACUAUUUUCCAAAAAGGGGUAUGUCCCUAUCUGGUCGCGGAGUAGUUGAUAUCACUUAAAUUGCUGUCACAGUUGCCUGCUUUCAUGGAAGUUGGUCAGUAUUGUUAUUUUUGUAUAAGGCAUACAAUUACAGCUAUAAUCUGUAUGAUGACCAACAAUUUUUGAUCAAGAGUCCCAUGUAGUUUUACUGUUCAGUUCUGUAUCUCUUUGAAAAAGCAUUUAAAAGCUGGAAGAUGGGUGGGCUGUUUGUUAUUCCAUUCAUUGACAGCAGAAAUAAUGAAAAGGAAGUGCACUUAUGCUGUAUGAGAGAUUGUUGACUGUUUCAUAGUUUAUUCAACUUUAGGUGUACAAGUAAAAUGUGUAAUUCCAAAGCGUUAUAUAUAUAGGUUCAGUUUAACUAUGCUUAUCAUCUUCAAGUGAGCAAUCACUUUAACCAACUUAGAAACAUUGUUGAAUUGUUGAUCAAUUGACAUGUGUUCAAUAUAAAUUGCAAAAUUUGCUUGA